GAGAUAGGGGAAGAAUGUAAUAAAAUGGGAAAGGACAGAGACAUCCCCUAUAACUGGAAAUAACCUGUGUAUAAAUGCAAGUCUCUGUGGAGUCUGUCUGACCUAAGAUGCUUACUAGAGAACAAGCUUGAGAUCUCAACCAGGUUUCUCCUGAUAAAAAAAAUGAAAUUGUUACUGCCAUGGCUAACAAUAGUGUUUCUCUCUUUGCAACAAUGGGUUUUCCCCAUUAUACCCUCCCAAGCCUCCACUGAGAGAGAGAACAUCCACAGGUUAAUAAACUCCACAAUCUUCAACCCAAAGGAAGCCCCCCUUUCAGAAGAGUGGCCUGCUCUGGACCAAGAAGGUGAUGCCGCCAGAGCUUUUCUUUAUUCUUCUUCUUCUCCUCCCCCAUCUUCAGUAUAUGUUGGCAACCAGAAAGGGCUGAGGAGGGCCGAUAAGAUCCGUUCCCUACCGGAGCAACCUGCCGGAGAGAAGUUUGCCCAAUAUUCAGGCUAUGUUACGGUUGAUCCCAAGGCCGGAAGAGCUUUGUUUUAUUACUUUGUUGAAUCUCCUCAGAAUUCCUCUGCAAAACCUCUGCUUUUAUGGCUAACCGGAGGACCUGGUUGCUCAUCAAUUGGAGCUGGAGCACUUUUGGAAGUUGGUCCUUACAAAGUUAAAAGUGAUGGGAAAACAUUGUACAAGAACGACUAUGCUUGGAACAAAGUGGCAAAUGUGAUAUUCCUGGACUCACCUGCCGGUGUGGGAUUUUCCUAUUCCAACACAACCAAUGACUAUAAUACCACCGGGGACAGAAGAACAGCCACAGAUUCACACAUCUUCCUUGUGAAUUGGCUUGAAAGAUUCCCACAUUACAAGACUCGGGAUUUCUAUAUAGUGGGAGAGAGCUAUGGUGGUCAUUUUGCGCCUGAGCUUGCUUACACCAUUUUAGCCCAUAACAAGCAUUCCCGGAAACAAUUCAUCAACCUCAAAGGCAUUAUUGUUGGAAAUGGUUUCCUGGAUCUUGAUUUAACAUUGAAAGGAAACAUGGACUAUUUAUGGUCACAUGCAUUGAGCUCAGAUGAAUCUCAUGAAGCAAUUACCAAGUAUUGUGACUUUGCUCAUGGCAACUAUUCUCUCAUCUGCAACUUGUACGUAUUGAAAGCACGGGUGGAGGGCGGGCUUGUUCCUAUAAAUUACAUUUACGAGUCUUCUUACUGCAACCCCAAUGCAACAAAACCCAAGUCUCCUAGUUCGGGAUAUGAUAAAUGCUCGAGCUUAUAUGUGGCGGCUUACCUCAACAGGAAGAAUGUGAAAAUAUCUUUUCAUGCUGUCGAUACCAUUUGGAGAGAUUGCAGCAAUGAAGUUGGGCUGGCGAACUGGAGGGAUGCACCUAGAACAGUUAUCCCCAUACUCAAACAGCUCAUUGCAGAGAACAUCAGCAUAUGGCUUUAUAGUGGGGAUGCAGAUGAAAUAGUAUCAGUAACAGCAACAAGGCUUGUAAUAGACAGUAUGAAACUUCCUGUGAAGACUGCCUGGCGUCCAUGGUUGUCUAACAGUGGCCAGGAGGUUGGCGGGUACGUGGAAGAGUACAAGGGGUUGACACUUGUCACAAUACGAGUAGCCGGGCAUGCACCCCCUAGCUACCAACCAGAGCGAGCACUCACUAUGAUUACAUCUUUUCUUCAAGGGAAACUUCCCCCCUCGGCUUAACUAGCUAGAACAAGAUUACACUCCAUCCAAACAGUGCUAUUAUAUUCUUAUUACUGUGUGCAAUGAAAUUACAUAAUAAUGUGAUUCUCCAAUCAUCUCAAUAAACGAUUGAAUAUUGUUCAAAAACAUGGGAGCAAUCUCCUCAUCUCCUUGAUUUAGCAAUAAUGAGAGAAUAUUAAUGAAGUACAGUUACCGAG